AUGUUCAACAGACACAAUCACCUGAUCCGCUCCUCCCUCAGAGAAGUCAACAUCACCCCUCGCGCCUCAUGGGCUCCCUCAACAACCCGUGCCUUCCACGUCUCAGCCCUCAACAAGACCCUCAACCCUUCCCUCACAGGCAAAGACCCUACCUCGGCCACCCCAACCUCCGAACAAGCCCACAUCGAACGUCUCUUCGCCUACAGCGACUCCCAAUCCACCCCGCUCCCCGAAAAAUUCGACCGUCUCCACGCCCAUUCCCUCCAAGUCUACCCCACCACCGCCAGAAAGACUGUCUCUGCCCUCCAGGGCCAUUUCCAACAGAUGCUCAUGCGUCUUACGAAACCCAAAUCCGUGCUCGAAUUGGGAACCUUUAUGGGCUACAGUGCGAUGGCGAUGGCGGAUGGGAUGCCCAAGGGGGGUGUUGUGUAUACUUGUGAGAAGGAUCCUAAGGCUGCGAAGCUGUCGAGAGAGCUGUUUGAGGAGCAUGCGUACAGUCCUUCGACUAAGAAUGAGAGUGUAAAAAGGAAAGAUACGACGAUUGAGGUUAUUGAGGGUGAUGGGCUUUCGAGUCUGGCCUUGCUUCUCGAGCGCAACCUCCGCUUUGAUGCCGUCUUCCUUGACGCGGACAAGGGAGGCUAUGUGAACUACUACAACUUCAUCCUCGACAACGACAUGCUGACCGACGAAGGAUACAUCCUCGCCGACAAUGUCCUCUUCAACGGACUGGUCCUCAACUCUGAAGAGCGCCAGCGUAACGCCGCUGCUGGUAACCCUUCCUCCUCUUCAAAGGGUAAGGGCAAGAAGAAAAUGGCGGGUGAUGGAGAAAGGAACAGUGAGGCUUACCAAAAGUUUGCUGAUCAUAUCCAUACCUUCAACAAGCAUGUCCGGAACGAUCCCCGUGUAGAUGUUGUGGUUCUGCCGGUUUUUGAUGGUCUCUCAUUGAUUAUGAAGAAGAGGCAGUAG